GAUGGAUAAGCUCGGCUGUUGCCGCAUGUAAUAGCAGCAUCUCUUGAUUUCAGUUUUUCUCUGCAUCUGAGCCGCCCUCUCAAAUCACAGGUUAUGCCACCCCAAAGGCUUCUUGGAUCCCCAGCCGUGAAAGAGAAGGGCUGAUCCCUGUCCUCCUCUAGGUUCCUGCUGCUUUACACCCCAUCUUCCCCCUCCUUCCCUCAUGCUUAUACCUCUCUCUCUACGACACUAACCCAGCCUGGCUCUCACAUCCCACCCUUAGCCACCUUUGUCACCUUGUACCUAUUGUCACAUCUCAUCAUAUCAACCUACUUGCAGACCCCCACCCAUAGCAAAUCCAUGCACAGGGUCUCAUCCUAGUUUUACUCCAGAGGCACUAGCAUACUUUCCUGCAGGCCCCUGCUCCCUCCGGAGGUCUUGUAGCCUUUACCUACUGGGGGCUUGGUAGACCACAUGGCUACAGGAGGUCAUGCCCCUGAAUUAGAUGUGUUGAUCAACCUACAACAGGUGAAAGUGGUUGAGGAAGAUGAGGAUGUGUCUGAGGAAGAACAAGGGGAAGAAGAGGAGGAAGAGAACUGGGAGAAAGCCCUGUCCGUGGAGCGCUUCGGAGACAUCAUCAGUGACUCUGCUUCCACCAGCGGGGAGAGGAUGGGCCGACAUUACACUGAGAAAGACUUUGAGUAUCACAGGCAUACCUUUCACCACACCCACCACCCGUUGUCCACCCACUUGCCCAUUCCCCCACGACUACGCAAGAGGGUGCACAGCACGGACAGACGUCGGAAAAAGAAACGGAAGAAAAAAAGGACCUCACUGCCCCCAUCCGAUGUUACCCCCACCAUACAAGAGGUAGAUGAGGAAGUGUUGGAGUCAGAGACGGAGGAACAUGGGGUGGCCACCACCCCCACAGACCUACUUGAUAUCCAGCCAAAGUUUAGUUUUGGGAGCCAAGAGGAAUUGGAGGAACCCCUUCCACUUGCUACCCUCCAAAUGGAAAACGAAGAACAUCCACAGUCGAGGAAGGCCGCAAUCACAUUGACAAAGGAGGCUGUUCAUAAUGGAGGAAUGACUGUUCAUGGACAGCAUGAUGAGAUGGCUGGAGAAGAAGCAGCCUGCAACAGAGCGACCACAGGCUCAGAUCUCUCAAGUUCAGCUGCAGCCCGCGGCUGGUUCUCCAGGAAGCCCCUCCAUCAUCGUCUACCGGGCGCCCAGCGAAACAACUAUGACCUACGGGAACGGAUCUGUAUCGGCAGCAUGACGGCUCUCGAAACCGCCAUCUACCAGCAGGUCCCCACUGAUGAGGCUGAGGCCCAAAUGCUGGUCAGCGCUGACCUGGACGACAUGAAAAGUCAUAGAUUUGAGGACAACCCUGGGGUACGACGCCACCUCGUGAAGAAGUCAUCCAGAUGUCAGAUGACGCGGGCCAGCCACAGCUCCACACCGUUAUGCAGCUUGAAGAAGAAGAAGAGGGCUUCUGAUAAGAAAAUUCAUGAGUUGUUUGUUGAGCUGAACGAGCUGAUUGUAGAGAAGGACCAUGAAAUGCGCUGGAAGGAGCGGGCUCGCUGGAUCAAGUUUGAAGAGGACGUGGAGGAGGAGACGGAUCGCUGGGGCAAGCCUCAUGUAGCCUCUCUGUCAUUCCGCAGCCUGCUGGAGCUUCGCCGCACCAUUACACAUGGUGCCAUCCUUUUGGACCUGGACCAGAACACUCUUCCUGGCAUCGUCCACCUGAUGGUGGAGACAAUGAUCAUCUCAGAUCAGAUCAGAGCGGAGGACAGACCCAGUGUACUUCGUGCUCUGCUUCUCAAACACAGUCACCCAAGUGAUCUGAAGCACCGUUUUCACCGCCACCACUCCACCAGCAGCCUCCAUGGCAGCUUCAAUCACAACCACAUCCAGGACACCAGUCUGCCGCUGGUGGCCGAAGAGCACGAGGAGCACGUGGACAGCAAGGGGCCGGAGUACGACCCCAAGCAGGACGUGUUCGUCAGCUUGUUUAAAUCUCUCCACCCUCUGCCUCCUGAGAGCCAUCCAGCUGCAGCCAGAUCCAUGAAACUGCUCGCCAAGAUUCCCAAAGACGCAGAAGCUGUCAUUGUUUUAGUUGGCUGUGUUGAAUUCCUGGAGCAGCCGGCCAUGGCUUUUGUUAGGCUGAAUGAGGCGGUCCUGCUGGAGUCGGUACUCGAGAUCCCCGUCCCCGUUCGAUUUCUUUUUGUCCUGCUUGGCCCCACUCAGUCCAAUGUGGACUACCAUGAGAUUGGACGCUCCUUUGCCACUUUAAUGUCUGACAAGAACUUCCAUGAGGUGGCCUACUUUGCUGACGACAGGCAGGACCUCCUGAACGGCAUCAAUGAGUUUUUGGAUUGCAGCAUCGUCAUCCCACCCUCGGACGUGGCGGGCAAAGACCUCCUGAAAACAGUGGCUGACUUCCAGAAGCAGCUGUUGCGCAAGAGAAAAGAGAGAGAAGGGAAGAAGCACCAGUCCUUGUUUGGUGCGGAGCAGGACAAUAAAGACAUCAUUCCAGAGGAAGAGGAGGAAGAGGACCAGGAGGUGGACCCCUUAAAGCGCUCAGGGAUCCCGUUUGGAGGACUGAUCCAUGACAUUCGCCGACGCUAUCCACACUAUGUCAGUGAUUUGAAAGAUGCCCUGGACAUGCAAUGCCUUGCUGCCGUCAUUUUUAUCUAUUUCGCCGCACUGUCACCCACUAUUACCUUUGGAGGCCUGCUGGGAGAGAAAACAGAGGGCUUAAUGGGAGUGACUGAACUCAUUGUUUCAACAGCCACUCUUGGAAUUAUAUUCUCUCUGCUAGCUGGUCAGCCCCUUCUCAUAAUUGGUUUUUCAGGACCCUUACUAGUAUUUGAAGAAGCCUUUUAUGGGUUUUGUCAGGCGUAUGAAUUUGAGUACCUGACUGGUCGGGUGUGGAUUGGUUUCUGGCUCAUCUUUAUCGUUCUAGUCAUUGUGGCAGCAGAGGGCAGCUUUCUUGUUCGCUACAUCUCACCCUUUACGCAGGAGAUCUUUGCAUUCCUCAUCUCCCUCAUCUUCAUUUAUGAGACUUUCUCCAAGCUCCUCAAGGUGUUUAGGGAGCAUCCCCUAAUGGCUAUGUACCCCACUGACUCUACUGCACCUUUUGAGGUUCAUAAUAUUGAAGUCUUCAACCAGCCCAACACUGCUCUUCUGUCUCUGGUGCUCAUGAUGGGCACUUUCUUCGUCGCAUUCUUCCUCAGGAAGUUCAGAAACGGUCGCUUUUUAGGUGGCAAGGCCAGAAGAAUUAUCGGGGACUUUGGCAUCCCUAUUUCAAUCUUGGUUACAGUAUUAGUGGAUUACAGCAUAACUGACACUUACACACAGAAACUUGAUGUGCCAUCAGGCUUUUCAGUCACAUCUCCUGAGAAGAGAGGCUGGUUCAUCAGUCCCUUUGGUGACAAGCAGCCAUUUCCAACCUGGAUGAUGGGAGCAUCUAUUGUCCCUGCUCUUCUUGUCUUCAUUCUCAUUUUUAUGGAAACUCAAAUCACUUCACUGAUAGUUAGUAAGAAGGAGCGCCGCCUGCUUAAAGGCUCAGGCUUUCAUCUUGAUCUCCUGCUCAUUGUCAUCCUCGGGGCCCUCUGUCCCCUCUUCGGCCUGCCCUGGCUCACCGCAGCCACCGUUCGCUCUGUCACUCAUGUCAACGCUCUGACUGUCAUGAGCAAGGCCACAGCUCCUGGCGAAAAGCCCAUGAUCCAGGAGGUGAAAGAGCAGAGGGUGACCGGGUUACUUGUGGCUGUGCUUGUUGGUUUAUCCAUGGUGAUGACCGAUAUGCUGCGCCUCAUCCCUCUGGCUGUUCUUUUUGGUAUCUUCCUCUACAUGGGGGUCACCUCUCUGACAGGGAUCCAGCUGUACGAGCGCAUUACGCUCAUGUGCACUCCUGCCAAGCACCACCCUGACCACAUCUACGUCACCAAGGUGAAGACAUGGCGUAUGAACAUGUUCACUGCAAUCCAGCUGACGUGCAUCGUGGCUCUGUGGGUAGUUAAGUCCACUGUGGCCUCCCUGGCAUUCCCCUUCGUCCUCAUCAUGACGGUGCCGCUGCGCCGCCUCAUCCUCUCCAGGAUUUUUGAGGAACGGGAGCUGCAGGCGCUGGAUUGCGACGAGGAUUCUCCCAACUUCGAUGAGGACGGACGAGACGAAUACAAUGAGAUCCAUAUGCUCGUAUGAAUAUAAAGUGGACCUUAAUGCUAAGAACUUACUUUGUCCUUUGGCUCUGACUAAUCAAAGCACACAAGCCUCCUGGAGACCUCUCUGGUUAGCUGUGGAGAAGGCAAGAGAAUCUCCUGUAGUCUCCUGUGGUAUUUGUAAAUACUAUGAGUUUACUGCUGGAUGAGAACAUCUUACCUUUGCUUAAAUCAGCACGGUGGUGGUGGUCUUGUGUUAACCUCCCCUGAAGAUUCUGUUUUCUCUUUGUCAGAGGCCAUGAAAUAGAAGUGGAAAAUGUAAAUCUUGAAAAAAAAAAACAACUUGUAACAUGAACACUUUCUGUCCUUUCUAUCCCUUUAACUAUUCUGCAGGUUCUGGGCGUAAGUGCAAUGAUAAUGGUGACCUCUAGGAUGAUAGUAGCUGCAGAGUUUAGACUAAUUGUGGCCCUUAAUUUGAUCUAAAAUGACAUUUAUUAAGGCAUAUUAAUCUUAACAAAUUUAAAACCCCUGAAAGAAUUUCACUGCCUACAGUAUAAUUGAGCUGCCUUUUCUCCUCUCUACCACUGUACUGCCAGUUAUUUUAUGUUGCAAUGAUGUGUAAACAAGGAGCUAGGUCUGCCUUUUUCUUUUCUGUACAGACUUUUUGAAAUGAGCGCUGUUACUGGGCAAAAGUUCACUUUUGUUGCUGCCAACCGAGUUUGUUGGCACAAUACUGCUCUUGAAAUGUCUCCUGAAGCCAAAAUCCCCAGAGACUGCUCGAAAGCUCGUCAAGGAUUGUUACUGUAGUCUGUAAGGUGUUGGACACUCUUCAUACCAGUCCGUGGAUCCCGUUAUUGUGACCUUUCAUAUAUAUAAUAUAUGAAAAGAUAUGAAGUAUACAGCUAAAAUAGUCCCAACCUUUAUUUUUCUACUUUCUUGUAUCUAUUUAACUUGUGUUGUUUUGGACUUGAUGUCAUGCAAGAUUCUCUGUCGUGUUUAGACUUAAACUGCUGCAGGAGUCAAAUGAAAAGAAAAAAGACAACAUUGUAGGUCGACACAUUAAAAAAGAGCAAAGACCCCAUUAUUCAUCUGUUCUUUCAUCUUCUCUCAGAGAUGUCCCCGCUGCGGUUGCAUUUUUCACCAAUGAGAUGAAUAUUUAUAACACACUUGACUGGAAAAUCAUCGAAACUAAGCAAACUCACAAGUACUGAAAAUGUUGGAGAGCAGUUGAGUGUUGGCAGGAUGGAUGAAUGUUAAAGCGCACCAAAGGACUGUGAGCUUGGAAUUGUAAUGCACCAUCUGUGUUCACAGUUGCUUUGGAAAAACCAAGAGAUUUAGUUUUCACCUCAUGUAUUUUUGAGCCUAUUAAUAGAAUAUUUCAAAGGAAAUAUAGCUUUUCAACAUGGUCAGAAACCUUUUUGAUGUGGAAAAAUGUAUGAGUUGUUUAGAAAUGAAUGUCCGACAUUGAUCGGGGGGGUUGUUAUUUUUUUAAUGCUAUUAAGGACUUGGGAGGCUUUGUUUCAGUAGUUUCAACCUGAAUAAGUAACAUUUCGAACCCAGUAUUUUAUUAACAGAACAGCUGUGACACUCUUUGGUAGAAAUACCACAGAGCUGCCUUUCAUAAGGACAAUUUUCAACUACCGGCGUUUGUUUACAGCAAUGUUCUUAACACCCAGUGUUAAGGGGUGGAGCCAUCUACGUGCCUCUUUCGACAUCUCCCCCACAGCUUUGUGCUAGCCUUAUCCCAAGGUACAGCGCAUGCAGCAUGAUGUGAACCUGGGUGGAGAUAAAGACGAGCAGGCUGGAUAAUCCUACUAUGAUCUGGGUUUGGGAUGUCACAACUCUGAAAAUCCGAACAAUAUAAUUUUAGAUGGUUGUUGGGGAUUUUUGAUUUGUUUGUUACCGAAGAAACCCAAA